CAUUCCUAUAAUGCCCUGGGAGGAGUGGCAAUCAUAAUAGGGCAAGCAACCAAAAAACUUUUGCAUAUAGGAGUACGAAACAAGUAUUGCUAUGUAUGUAGCACUGCAGAGAAAGUCAAUACAAUCCCAACAGAACAUACAUGUUUUAAGAACUGGUCAGAAGAUAGUCAGUCUAUGGAAGCUGAUAUUGUGCUUGAAGGGUUCAAACAAGCAGAAUCAAAACAUGGCCUACGCUAUAUCCGUGUUGUAGGAGAUGGUGACAGUUCAGUUUAUGCUAGGAUACGAGAGGAAGUGCCAGGUUGGGGUAGAUAUGUGGAAAAGGAAGAAUGUGCUAACCAUACAUGCAAAUGUUUUAGGUCAAACCUGGAAAAACUUGUUUCGGAAAAUCAUCUAUAUAAAGGUAGAAACCAUUUAACAAAAACAACUCGUGUACGGUUAGUAUCUGCUUUGCGUAGUGCCAUCAGAAUGCGUUCUAAAGAUGUAGAAACAAAUCACCUCACAAAACCUGAAGCUAUUUCUCAGCUUCGUCAUGACAUAAAAAACUCUGUUUUUCAUGUUUUUGGUUUACAUUCCAACUGCAGUAACUUUUGCAAGGCAAGGGACAAUGUCAAUCCAAUCACUCAUGACCAUCAUGUCAUACCACCGGAUCAACCAGUUGAAGAGACAUUGGAUAUAUUUGAAGAACAGGAAAAACUUUGGUCUGAAGGCUCAUCAUUAGCUGCACAGGAGGAAGCAAGAGGAGAAUCAUCUAUAGAGUACAGUAAUGUUGAACAGUAUAUAAUUCAAGACGUGACAUCAAUUUUGAAUAGAAUUGCCGAAAAAGCUCACCGUCUCAUUUCUAAUACAACAACAAAUUUAGCUGAAAAUUGGAUGAGAAUAAGGACCAAAUUUGAUGGCGGAAAAAUCUACAACCUCUGUAAUAGAGGAUCUUGGCAUGGAAGAUGUUUUGGAGGAGGGCUAAGAAUGAAUUUUGGACCAAAGUGGUCACCUAUUGUUUGGGAACAGGCAACAACAACAAAAGCAGGUAAAUUCUUUGAUGAAUACUACGCUAGACAUGAAAAAAAUCUUAUCAGUAGCAGAAAAUACAAAUCGAAACCAGACACUCAGCAAUUGAGAUGGAAAAGAAAAAUGAAAGUUUGCAAACAAAGCAACUCCAAAAAAGCUAGACAGUCUUAUGGCACUGAGGCAAUGGAUUACACCCCUGACAUAUCUCCAUCUGAUUUAUCAAAUAUAAAGGACAAAUAUAUUCAGACUCAUAUUAACAUUGGUAUACCUCAAAUGAAUGCAAUAACAAAUUCUACUUCACAGCAAUCUUUGUCUGGUCUUUGGCACACAGAAAGAAGAAAACGUUUAACAGCUUCAAAUUUUGGACCAAUCAUUCGCCGUAACCCUUCAUUGAAAGUAUUAAAUUUAGUCAAAAAUCUUCUGUACUCCACCUUCAAGGGAAAUAGACACACUAGAAAUGGACUUCUGCAAGAAAGAACAUCUAUAGAGGAGUAUACGCUGAAAAAGGCAGAACAACAUGAGAAUGUAAAUGUUAAAUCUACUGGUUUGCUAAUUGCCCAUGAACACCCAUUUUUGGCUGCUAGUGCAGAUGGUAUAGUUUCAACUGCGUCUGGUGAUGGUCUUUUGGAGAUAAAAAAUCUUCUGCACAACAAACCUGUCAAUCUCUACCAAGCAAGUGAAAAAUCAUCAUUCUGUCUGGAAACUGUCAGUGGUCAUUUAAAUUUGAAAAGUACCCACAACUACUUUUAUCAGUGCCAUGGUUUAAUGAAUAUUUGUAAUUAUCCUUGGAUAGAUUUCGUUGUGAGGACUCUUAAUCCACACCAGUUGUUUAUCCAAAGAAUAUUUAGGGACAAUACCUUGUGGGAAAACAUCAUGCUGCCAAAACUAAAAGCAUUUUACUUCAAUGCUAUUCUUCCGGAAUUGUGUUCACCACGUAAUGGCAAAAGUCCUGGAAUAAGGGAACCAGGAAUCUGGUACAUUGCACCAAAGUGCACCCAACCUGGCAAAAAAACGACUGGUAGAAAGAAAAAGAAUACAGCAAAACAGAACAAUGACUUUGUCUUAGAAGCAAACAUUGGACCAUCAGCAGACCAAACACCCUGUACUAGAAGUAGAAGAGGUAGGCCAAGAUUGGUGAAAUUCCUAGACAAAAGAAUAGAACACAAAUGGAUUGUAGACAAUACAUCUCAAUGGUAUAAAGGGACAGUGCUGAGUGUAAAAUCAGGAAAGGAUGGUGUGAAAGGUGCAAUUUAUGAAGUCCUAUAUGACAGUGAUGACAACCCAUAUGAAAUAAAUCAUCUGGUUGAAGAUUAUCGAUCUGAAUCCAGUGGCGGAUGCAGCUCAGAUAUAAAACAUGAUGUGUUUUACACCUAUGCUUGUCCUCACCAAAACAAUAGAAGAAAGAUGUAA